AUAUAAAUUUUGUGUUGACAAGAUAAGCACUUGCCAAAAUGUUACAUCGCAGCUUUAAACAAUUCAAUUCUGAAAUUUGGUCAGAAUAAUAAAGCCAUCAAGUAACGAAAAUGAAACAAUUCUUAACCAUUGUAUGUAUGAUCGGAGUAAAGAUACAUUAGUGCCUGUAAUGUAUCGCAAAAUGCAUGUUGUAUUUUUUUUUUAAGCUGUAAGAUUUUUCAACUGCGCGUAUGUUCUAAAGAUUUAAAGUUCCAAAACAUGCAAUGAUAUUUCAAAGCCUGUCUUUUGUUGUGUAUUCGGGAAGUUAACACACAAUAUUUAUAGACCUUCAAUCAUCAAAAAAAGAAGAAGACGCCGACCAGUUUGAACCGAAAGUAUAGACAAUUUUCCAGCCGAAAAAGAGGGAAGUUAUUAAACAUGAAAAAGGAACGACAGUUUCUAUGCUUUCUGGUUGUUAUGUAUCCUCUGAAGAUUUCGUGUCUCUUAUAUGCUUUGUUGACGGACUACUGGGUGGAGACAGAUGACUUUCACUUCGGGCUUUAUAAGUACUGUGUCGACAACACAAGUACUUGUCUGGAUGUCACAAUUCAGCUUCAAACUAUUGAAGAUCAUAUCUUGGUCACCCAAUAUUCUUUGAUCAUCGCCUGUAUACUAGUCUUUGUCUGUCUGGUGUUUUGUGUGAGUUUAUGCUCUGAAUGCAGCGAUUGGCUGAAGAAAAAGAAAAUGCAUGCCAGGGUCAAUGUGACCGGAGCAUUUUUCCAAUUUUUACUAGAGGCUUGCACAGUGUUUACAUUUGUUCUUGGAGUUACUGAUCACGACCUCUUACGAGUCUCUCAACUUAGCUGGUCGUUCUACAUAACAUCUUCAACGAUGUGUUUCACGUUUUUGUUUCUAUUCGUACUUCUCCACAACACCCUAUAUUGCAAUAGAAACUCCUAUUUAACGACAGUUGUUGAUUCUUCUGGAACAAAACUAAAUUUUCAAACCCCUCCGCAGAGUGUUUCUGUCGACGCUGGCAACACAGUCUCUAUUGUUGCUUACGUAAGAAAUGCAAACCGCGUUUAUUGGUGCAAAGGUAGAGAACCCGUGGUUCGGAUAUCCACGUCUUUUGAAGAACGCUUUAAUAAUUCUCAUAAAGCUGAACUUACCUUGAAAAAUGCUAGACUUGAAGACAACGGGGAGUAUACUUGUGUAGCAGAGAAAUAUGGAAAGAAUAGAAAAGAAAUCAGAGAAUCGUUCUUUAUAUAUGUGCACCGCGUAAAACCAGUGUUCUACACAAAACCAAAGGAUCUCACCGUGCAUGUUGGAGAGACUUUAAAUCUAGAGGCAAUUGUCAAAAACGCGGAAGCAAUCUCGUGGUUUCAUGAAGACCAGAUUUUGAUUAACUCCAAAAAUAAAGUCACCCUCAAGUUUGUAAAUGAGAAGGCAUCGUUAAAAAUCGACUGCGUAACAAAGAAUGAUGAAGGAGACUAUACCUGCUUGGCUAAGUCAGGAAAUGACCCCAUCAAAGCGAAGGAGGAAUCUGUUUAUUGUCAUGUCAGAGUUAUUGACGCUGAACUGCCUUCAUUUAAUAAUGUCCCAAAUUCCCUGAAUAUCAAAAGUGGUUCAACUCUGGAAAUAGCGAUCAACGUUUGUGGAUAUCCAAAACCCAAGAACGUUUGUUGGUUCAAAGAUGGGAAAGUUAUCGAGAGAAGUAGAAGUGUAAUAAUGCAGUAUAUGGAGGGAGUCUCUAGACUUCUUAUUCAUGAUACAGUUCAAGCUGACUCAGGCAUGUACGAAUGCUAUGCUGAAAAUGUACAUGGAAACAACCGGUGCAAGAUACCCGUAAAAGUUACAAAGGAUGAUCAAGAGCCUAUUUCGUGUACACAAGUUCUGAUUGGAGUUAUUGAGGGGUAAACAAAUGGAUGUGGAAUAGUCGGGCCCCUUCUAGAGAGCGCACAUAGUUGAUUUUGUAAUAAUGUAUAUGCCUACUAGAAUAUUAAUCCUGUCAUUGUUUACAGUCCAAUCAAAGUCCUUUGUGUGUCAUCGUCGUUGUCUUCCUUGUAAACUUUUUACAUUUGCUGUUCAUAACCAAAGGGUCUUUUCAAUCAAAUUGUGCAGUAUUUAUCUAUGAAUUAAACGCAUUCAAACUCGUUAAAAUUUACCCUGCAUGCAUAGAAUACCGAGUUAAUAUAAUAAAAUUACCGAAAUUGCAA